GCCCAUCAUAGUUUCCUAUUUAUCCUCACCGCGAAUUCUUUUUUUUAAUUGAUCCGGCCCAUAUUUUUUAAUUUAACGAAUCCAGAGUGGACAAGAGAACGCAAGACCAAUAACGGGCCCACCUUUCCAAAUUUGCAUACCUGAGAGCGAGUAUUACUGCGGCUGCGAGUACGAUAAAAUUCCAAAACAGAAAAAAUCCUAUGAGUAACGGUCUCCUCCUCUCCCUUCAUUUUUUUUCGUCUUCCCUCUCCCAAAUAUCACUCUCUCUAAAUCUACUUCUCCCUCUCUUUAAAUUUCUUCUCUCUGAAAAAAUCGGAGUGUUUUCCAAUCAAAGCUAACCCUAGAAGAGUACCGAUUGAACUAACUGGUCUUUUAUUAUGCGAAGCAUUUUUGGUAGAGAACACAGAAAUCAUGGUAAUGCUUGUAUUUCUAACAAUAAAAAUGGUAAUUUAAGGGCUCCCAUAAGCAGUGUGAGCUUGGCUCCACUGAGAUUGAUCGGAGACGGCGACGUUUAUGGCAAUGACAGGUUUGUCGGACGAAGGUACUCCUAUCAUAAGCUGCCGCAGCAACUCUUCAAGCUCUCUAUCCUCAAGCUCGACGGCACUUCCUUCGAUGUUCACGUUGGAAGAAAUGCCUCUGUGGCUGAACUUAAACUAGCGGUGGAGGAAGUUUUUGCUUCGUCACCAAAGGAAGGUCAGGGCAAGAUUUCAUGGGCGCAUGUCUGGGGGCACUUUUGCUUGAGCUAUGAGGGUCAGAAGCUAAUUAAUGACAAGGCUUGCAUUCAAACCUUUGGGAUCAAGGAUGAUGAUCAGAUUCAAUUUGUUAGGCAUCUGUCCAUCAACUAUUCAAAUUCAAAGAGACAAUCUAGGAACCAAAAAGCUACUCAUAAACCAUACUCAACUGUAAGGCCGCUAUCACGGGAUGAAGAGAAAGAACAGAGGACCUUUGCAAACCAUAGUGACAAUAAUGAAAACCAAGAUUACGACUCCAAGUAUCACUGCGAAGAUCAUGAUGAUAUUCCUACAUCAGAGUUCAAAUUAGCUCACUUCUUGAGAGAGUGGCUAUCAAGAAAAGGAUCACAAGGCCAAAGUCGACCUUCAAGGUUUUCCUUGCAGUGCUUAGGAGGUGGACCUAGGAUGAUAGAACUUCAAGGCUAACACUCAAGUGAAGUAAAUCAUCAACUGUGACUUGCCAGUCAAAGCUACAAUCAUGCUUUUGGGCUAACAUUCAUAAGCUUUACUAAUACAAUUCAGCUAUGAUUAGGCAGAGCCAGUUGGAUUAAAAUUUUGUUUGGUUGAAUUACUUGUCAAUUGAUAUUAUUGUUGGAGCUCCUAU